AAUGACAUAUGAGGAGGUGCGUAGAUUUCCCGGGAGGAGCGUAGCUCCUCCUCCGCCGUUUAAUCCAGGUGUGUGAGGAAGUGCGACUGUCGACAUUAAAGCCGCACAGGCUGUCCUCCAUGACGGACUGUGGCAGGAGGGUCUCCCGGUGGACGGUGGAGGAGGUCUGCAGAUGGGUCCAGGACCAUCACUCCUCCGGACAGACUGCCUUCCUGGAGGCGAUCAGAACCCACUGCAUUUCAGGCCGAGCCCUGCUGAGGAUGACUGAGCCCCAGCUACAGAGGAUGGGCAUCGAGCCUAAGCAGCAGCAGGAGAUCUUGCAGGAUGUCUUGGUCUUGAAGGUUCAGGAGGAGCUGGAGACCCUCAAUGAUUUCUUCUCAGAAUUUUUUCCCCUGUGACAUGGGACCGUCGGAAAUGUGCAGAAGUGCCCCUCCUUGUGGAGGGACAGAAAAAGGCAGCAUGUUCGCCUUGAAGACCGCGGACAUCAGGAACGGCACCCGAUUGGUCGAAUUGUGGAAUUUUUCUGACAUUGUCAAUUUACAGCCUCUCACCGAACGUGGCUCACAUUGGUUAGUUUAUUUUAUUUUAGUUGUGCGAUGCCUAGUUGCCUGUGCAGGGACACAGGAAGGAGACGGCCCUGUGUACUUAGGAGAAGCAUUCUGGGGGCCUUCUGUGGGACCCAGUGUUAAUUGGAGUGGGGUAGUUUCAGAAAUUAAUGCAGGCUAGGGGCUGGUCAUAAAUGCGGUUUAGGUAACAGCCACACGCCGGCAGACCCUGGUAAGACUCAGAUCAGCUUGAGGAUGACUCCUAUCACCUGGCUUGUUUUUUGUCUGGUACUAAAAGGCCAUAAAAAAAACAUUAUGCUGGUGUAUUUGUUAGGUACUGCAUUUAGACCAGAAUCAAGCAUCUGUUACAAAAACUGCUUUUAUAUUUUUUAAGGUAUUUUUUUUUAAGACUUAGUAAUGGAUAAUUUUGAGGUGGCUUUGGAAUGAUUGAGAUUUCUCCAUAGAUAUUCAGGCAUUAAAGUGUGAUAUUUGUAUUCUUA